AUGCUUCAAGCCGCUGCGCCGCUGGACGACGAGGCGCUGACGCCGUUCGGGCGGCGCGGCGGGCGGCGGGGGCGGCGCGGGCGCGGGCGCCGACGGCGAGAUGCGCGACUUCCUGGCGGCCUUCGGGCUCAUCUCCCCGGGCGACACGGGCCGGGGCCGCGGCCGCACGCAGCACGCGCGCGCCAUGGACGCGCAGGACAAGAAAGCGCGCGACGCGCACGCGCUCGUAUGUGUGUGUGCUGCACGUAUGUGUGUGUUGCACGUAUGUGUGUUGCACGUAUGUAUGUGUGUUGCACAUAUGUGUGUCUGUGUGUGUGUGCAUGUGCGUUGGAGUGUGUGAAUGCACGUAUGUGUGUGUGUGUGUGUGUUAUUAUGGUGUAG